CCACUUUAUCCUUGACUCGACCUGCCAAAACACAUGUCGUCAGCCAGAACUCCCUUCACUGACACAUCCUCACAACCUACCCUCGAUAUCGGGCGCUGAUUGCGAAACGAACAAAGGGGCGGACCUGUUCCUUUUGUCUGGUGUUCGUAUCUCAUCUCCUGCUCGGCAUAUAUUUCCCACCAAGCUCGGCUCAGCAGCACAUCUCGCCCUUGUGUCACAGCACCACACGAACAGUUGCGUUGUCGCAAUCUGCCCGACCCACGGUCACCACAUUUGUCUCUGAAGAGCUUGCUCCACCACGACACCACCGGUCCGCGAGCCGUCAACUAUCAUUCCAGCAUGCCCGACAUUGAGCUAGGCGAGUCGAUCCCGCCAAACACGGCUCACGCGGUUAGCGUAUCGCUCCCAACAUGGCGCUCAAACGUGGGCUACGAAGAGGGGGAGAAGUGGGUGGUUGACAGCAUGACGACUGGCUACCCGCGCUUCUUUGUCCACAAGGCCAUCGAUGCUCUUGCUGACGACAUUGUUGCAAAACACGGCGCACCUGGCCAGCAACAAGCCCUGCGCGCCAUGUUAUUCCCGACGCCCAAGACCGCUCGUCGCUGUCUCGACUUUAUGAGAACGCGGCCCGAGGCCGGGUCUGCUGUAGACGAAGUGCGCAUUGUCGAUCUUGUGCUUGACCCGAUGAGCCCGGCUCCAGAUGCCGUUCGUGCCUUGAAGCCAGCCAUGUCGGCUGUCAUCUGUCCCACAGCUCUAUAUCCUGUGGCGAAGCAGUAUUGGCAACAUUCUGGUGACGGGACAUCUAGCCGGAGAGCCGAGUUUUGCCACAGGCUAUUCAAGGAAGAUCUACUCGUCCCAGCGCAGACCUCGCCGAGACUCCCACAACAACCACAAAAGGUCAGCCGCGGGCCAAGGAGAUAUCAGCGUGCCUCCGUGGACGAGUCUCUUGCCAAGAUGGCGGCGGCGGCGAAUGGUCAUCCUCAAAAUGGUCAUCCCAGCGCCAUGACCGACAGCGGCUCCGCUGACGAGACGGAGGCUUUCGAGAGCUCACGCUUCCUUGAGGAGAGGUAUGGGCGGAAUCUCGCACUCUCGCUCGUCGAAAAUGCAAAAUCGGCAAUCAGACGCCGUAUUGCAGGCGUUUUGACGACAGAGAUUGAUCUCAACUCGGCUUUACCCACCAUGGACUCCAACGCGAGGGGCUUGACCAACCUCCGGGAAGACGACAUCUAUCUUGUUCCAUGUGGCAUGAACGCCAUAUUUACGACGCAUCAGACCCUGCUGAAAGCCCGCGGGUCUCUGAAGAGCGUCAAUUUCGGCUUCCCCUACGUUGAUACGCUCAAAAUCCUGGAGAAGUUUGGACCUGGUGCCAUCUUCUAUGGGCGUGGCUCCGAAGCUGAUCUCGAUGAGUUCGAGAGUCGGCUCAAGAGGGGUGAGAAGUUCCUGGGCUUUUUCUGCGAAUUCCCGGGAAAUCCUCUCCUCACCUGUCCCGAUUUGGUCCGCGUGCGCAGGCUGGCAGACGCGUAUGACUUCGCCGUAGUGGUAGACGAGACUGUCGGUACUUUUGUCAACAUCAACGUCCUCCCUUUCGCCGAUAUUGUGGUCAGCAGUCUUACCAAGAUCUUCUCGGGAGACUGCAAUGUCAUGGGUGGUAGCUUGGUACUCAACCCAAAUGGGCGAUACUACGACGCACUCAAGAGCGUUCUUUCCAGCGAUUUCGAGGACAACUACUGGGCGGAGGACGUCAUCUUCAUGGAACGAAACAGCCGCGACUUCCGCUCCCGCAUUGACAGAGUCAAUGAGAAUGCGGACACCAUCUGCCAGGUCCUUCGUGCCCACCCACUUGUCAGAGAUGUCUAUUACCCCAAGUAUAAUGCGGACGGCAAGGUCAAUUACGAUGCAGUCAAGACACCCCAUGGAGGCUACGGAGGGCUGCUCUCGUGUACACUGCAGACUACUGCUCAGGCUGUAGCAUUUUAUGAUGCCCUGGACACAGCAAAGGGACCUUCACUUGGCACAAACUUCACCCUUACGUCUCCGUAUGUGCUUCUGGCUCACUACAACGAGUUAGACUGGGCUGCCACUUUUGGUGUGGACCCGGAUUUAAUACGCAUCAGCGUUGGACUUGAGGACAACCUCGCGGAUACGUUCGCGGCCGCACUGAGGGCUGCUGAGGCAGUUUAAACACCUCCCUCUAUGAAAUACCCGCGAUUCAGCUAUCGCUAGUGACGAGACAGCAAGGCUCUACCAUUCUCACGAGCAGGCGUACUUCCGCUGCCGCAGUGCACAUUGCACGACUUGGGGAAGAUUGUACGUACCAAUUCCAUGAAACUCGCCUCCCGUUUACUAGAGCGAUCUCUCUGGGCAAGGCGUAUACAUCAUCAUGGCCAAUCAACUUCGGAAUGAUGACCCAAAGGUUCGAGGCGAUGGAUGAAUCAUAAUGAACCAUUUUAAAUACAAAACUUCCCUGCAAGCUCUGCAGCCGCCUUGCACAUAUUUAAUACCCCC